AACCCAAUGUUUGCUGCGACCCCCCGCGGUACCCCGAAGAUACCAAUCCAUUCCAAUUCCAAUUCCAAUUCCCUCUGUACCGCUACCUACACAGAACUAUCCAAUUCCAAAAGACCUGACUCCAGAGGAAUAACCACCAUGGCGCAAGACCGCUCCAACCUCACCUUCACCAUCACGCACAUGAACGCCAACCACCAAGACUCCCUGGCAUCCUACCUCCAAGUCUACUGCCACGUCUCCGCUCGCGAAGCCAAAUCCGCCCGACUCGAAGAGAUCAGCCUGUCCGAUCUUCUCAUCAGCGCCAAUGGCACCCGUUACACGGUGCCCAUCGACCCGCCAAUGGAGAGCUUCUCCGAGUCGCGAACGCGCCUGGUGGCCAUGCACAAGGAGUGUCUGGAGCGGCUGGGCCGGUCGGAUAUUACGAUCAAGGAGUACCGUCGUCCGGAGGGCAAGGAGCUCUUGGUUUUCACCGUGUGUUUGGCGGGGCUGGUUUCGUUUUGCCGGCGCAGUAAUUUCCUGCCCGGGUCGCUGUUCUACGAGACGGUUGGGUUGAGUAGUGUGCCUGCGCUGGCGGAAUUAUUCUACAACACGCAGCCGUUUGUGAUCACCACGCUGGCGGGAUCGCACAUGGUGGAGGCGAGUCUGUUGACGGUCAAGCGGCUGAAACGGCAUGGCGUGCCGGCGUUGUCGUGGGUGUGGUGCGCGUGGGUAUUGAACAAUCUGAUUGAAGGGUUUACGGUGUGGGUGCGGUUUGAUCGGAUGGUGAAGGAGGAGCGGGCGAAGAGGGAGCAUCGGAAGUAGAAGAUUUGAUAACUAAUCAGAAUGUAUCACUCCACCGCGUUUGGACCAUCGAACAAUUAACGGCGAUGCAAAAUGCGUAUCGGCUUAUCGGG